UUUAUUUAUUUUUUUUGUCGCAAAGAGUUGCAACUCGUAACCUUGUGUCGACAGCGAGACGAGACGAGACGUAGAAUCAAAUUUCUCGUUUGAUUAACGAUUUAGAUACAGCUUGACAUCACUUCUCAAUGGAAGUUGUUACAAGACCAAUUGAGAGCCAGUAUUUUCUUGAGGCCAGAAAGGAAGCCAUAGAAAGGUAUCCUGGCACGUCUGCAGUGGAGGCGGAAGUCGAGUGCAUGCUUACUCAGGCAAGACUUGCUCUCGAUUUGCAAAGAAGAAAUGAACGGAGAAUUUUUAUAGCGAUAUGGCCUGAGAAAUAUAAUGCAUUAUCAGAAAACAAAGACCUGCAGAUGGAUGAAGAGGCCAACAUUAUAACUUUAACUGGCCUCAGAAUCUUUCCCGACGUAGGAGAACAAGGUGGAGAGACCACUGUUGGCACCCUUGAAGUCCACGCAAACGGGUUCUUCUAUAAAACCUCCAAUCCAGAUUUCCAUUUUCAGUUCUUGUACAGAGGUGUAAACAAAGCUUUCUUUCAAGUUGAAGAUGAGAAGAGGCUGCCUCUCUUGCACUUCCAUUUGUAUGACCCCAUCAAGGUGGGUGCAGAAAUGAGGCAGAAUAUCCAAUUGCAUUUGGUGCAGACCCCUAUGGGACAGAGGAAUGAUUCAGGUAAGUUUGAGGACGAGAAACAAGGGCUCGUAGUGAAGAUCUAAAGAACUUUGUCCGCGAUGUCCAAAAAAAAUGGAAAUACAUACCUGUAUUCCACUGUUAUCCGUUUUCUGGUGCUGAGAUUCAUAAGAGGUAUGAAUUUCAAGGAAAUCUUCCCUCCAAGGAAACAACCGUCUUUGCCGUGACUUCUACUGCGCUAGUUGGGCUUGUAGAUGCACCUUUCGUUGUGGUCAACCUAAACGAGAUCGAGAUUGUUUAUCUGAGGCUUAAACCUGCGGGAACAGAUAUGACUAUUGUUUUUCAGGACUUCAAGCGUGAUCCGAUUCAAAUCAACUCAAUUCCCAUAGACGCUCUCGAACGCAUAAAAAGCCGCUUUAACUUAGCCUGUGUGAACUACUAUAAGAUUAGUGUUGAUUUAGACUGGGGUUCCAUAGUGAAAGAGAUAGCAGAUUCUCCACGGAAGAUCUUUGUUGAUCGUGACGGAAAAUUUUAUGAUCUUGAGAACUUUAAAGCUGCAAACAACCGCCCUGAAGUAUAUUUUGCCAAUCAGAUGAAGCUGAAGUAAGUUACACAAUUGAGUACCGAGUACUGAGAGGAGCAAUGAACCAGGUUGAGAAGAAGAGGAGAGCGAAGCAGGAGAAGUCGAGUUUGGACAAAGCAGUCACGGGAACCACACAAUUAUAUUUGCUGCUGCUUCAAGUUUAUAUUUUGUUUAAACAAACUCGUUGCUUUUGUUAAUGACAUCUAUCUAUGCACAGGGGAGUGUUAGGCUUAGUCCUAUGGGCUAGAUAUCUAGUUGCUAGAUUGGCCAUCCACGUCAGCAUGGGCAACCUCCUAAGUUCUAUGGGAUGGCCAAUCUAGCAGCUAGAUUAGCAGCGAGACCACCAUAUAACGCCGAACCGUUCGGCGCUCAGUGCUGAACGGUUCAGCGCUUUAAAUCUCAGCCGUUAGAUCAGAACAUUUUCUCCCAGUGCUGAAUGGUUCGACGUUUAGACCAUUUUUUGAGCGCUGAACGGCUCAGCAUUUCAAUCUCGCUGAUAGUUAGACUGCGAGCACUUGUUAGGAGAGAGAACUAUCAACUAUCAGUGUUAAUUUUUUUCCCA